AUUUUUAAAAGGUAGCAGCUGAAUUUCCUUUUUCUGCUUCAUUUCUAUUCUUUUUAUGAGUUUGAAAGCAUUAGGAAAAUUGACUCUUUGCUACAUUUUUUAUUAUAAACCCAACUUCUUGCUACUUGCCUGUCUGUUGUGAAAUUGAAAGUAGAUAGAAGGCAGAAACAACAGGAUUCUCACAAGAUAUGCACUAGUUCAUUUCUAGGCUUUUAGCGGAGUAAACUAUCCUAAAAGGCGCAAAGUGCCAUUUAAAUAUUAUUACAGCCAUGCUCUAAAUUUGGCUCUAAAUACGAAUGUCCUUGUUUUAAGAAAACUCUAUUUUCCCUUCUAGUCAAGCCUCCAUGAAAGUAUAUCCCUAGGAACGAGCAAAUAUAGAAAAUUUGGUUAUUAGUUUAAGGUGAAAAACAUCUAUAAUUCCAGUCAUGAGUCAGGAUUCCAGCUGCCUUAUCUCUUUAGCUGGGCACAAAACACUCACCUACAAAUGUAGCCUAACAGAGGCCCUUGGACAGAGCCAUAACUAGGAAUUUUUGCAUCCAGAACAAGAACUUCAAGCUAUACCCUGAUAAAGAAAGAACUUUUUUUCACUGUGCAAGAAGAUUCAGAAUUUGGUAAUGGUGAUAGGACAUAAUAUGGAUAAUUAUAAUUACCAAGCCAACCAGGAAUAAUCAGUACUCAAGGUGGCAGAAUCUAAUGGAUGAAAUUUAUUGGAAUGGAAACUAAGUUUGUUGAAGAGAAGCAGGUACCCACUUUUUCUGUGCUUGCCAAGAAUCCAGGCCCAUCAAAACAUACAAAGAAUGGAGGAUCAAAUAGCCACCUUGGGAUGCCUAUCAUUCCCUGGGGAUCUGAAUCUCACCCAAAGGAUCUUUGCUCUAUUCCGUGGAUACCAAAGCAAAAUGAUUCACCCUCAACAUACGUUCAGGUGCCUGGCUACCUGAGUAUUACUAAUGAACCUGAAAACCAACAUUUCUUUAGGGAUUCACUAUAUCCUACUUCAAAUAAAACUCAAGAUUAUCUUUUCCCUCUCAAGAUAUGCCCCUCAUUAUAUCUUCCAAAUGAGAGAUCUGAUGCUAAACCAGAAAUUGUUCCUGAAAUAUAUGUCAUUAAACAAAAACCCAGCACAAUCGCUUUUUCCAACAAUGAAUAUUUAACCCCUGCUAUCGACAGUGAACUCCACAUCUGUGGAAUCAAUAAUACAGAAACUUCUUUGUAUGAAUUUGUGGAAGAAGUAGAGGAGGGGGAUGAUGAAGCUUUCCCACAGCUGCCACUCAAUGAGACAUUUUUUAAAGACAUUCAAACAAGAGAAGUAUCCCAUGGUAAACAAAAGGCACUUGGAUUUAUGGUGGAGAAACAUGUCUUUAAUGAGAGUAGUUCCUGUGAACAUUUGGGGAGAGAACCAAACAAGGAGGAAAACAAAGAAAAAGCAAUCAGCAUGGUGAGACAACCCAAGGACUCAGAGUGGUCAGAUUCUAUGGCCUAUGUCAUGAAGAAGUUAGAGCAACUAAAUUUAGAUAUUGAAGAAGCUCUCAGUGCUGGCUCUUCCCCUUCUCAUACUCCUUCUUUCAAGAGGCGAAAACAGCAGAGUUCUAAAAAGGUGGAAAGUGUACUUAAUAGAGAUCCACAGAGCAAAGGAAUUUGUAGAAAUAAGGAGAAAAGUGCCCAGGAUCUAGAUCUUGUGCCAAACCCAAUGCCAACUGGAGCACGACCGAAGAUAAAAGUGCUGCCUGACAAACAGGUCAAGGAGAGAGCUGGGUGGCCCCGGGAGUGGCAGGAGUGCACCCUAGUAGAAAUUGAAGCAAAGGAAGCGUGUGACUGGCUUCGAGCUGCUGGAUUCCCACAAUAUGCUCAGCUCUAUGAGGAUUCACAAUUUCCCAUCAACAUCGCAGCUGUAAAGAAAGAUCAUGAUUUUCUUGAAAAGGACCUUGUAGAACCUCUUUGCAGACGACUCAACACAUUGAACAAGUGUGCCUCAAUGAAACUUGAUGUGAACUUCCAAAGGAAAAAGAGUGAUGACUCAGAUGAAGAAGAUCUAUGCAUCAGUAACAAAUGGACUUUUCAAAGGACGAGCAGGAGAUGGUCUCGAGUGGACGACAUCCACACAUUGUUCCCCCAGGCCAACAAACAUGGAUCAUCUGGGGACAUCAGAAUGAAAACCACCACGAGCAGCGAGAGCGUCCUUACUGACCUGAGCGAGCCUGAGGUCUCUUCUAUUCACAGUGAGAGCAGUGGAGGGAGCGACAACAGGAGCCAAUCUGGCAUUCACAGAGAGGCAUAUGACUGUUCUGGACAGUACUGCGGGGAAGCCUCAGUCAUGCUUGACUCCACUUUAGUCAGCAGCAGCUUAUUACAGAAUCCCAAAGACGUUGCCAAUUAUACUUUUCACCCAAAGAAUGAGAAACCAACGCGAACCAGAGCCAAAUCUUUCUUAAAACGCAUGGAGACACUAAGGCCCAGAGGGACUCAUGGCAAGGUAAAGGGAUCAGCAAGGACAGGUGGCUUGGUGAUAAGUGGGCCCGUCCUUCAACAGGAGCCAGAAUCCUUAAAGACCAUGCACUGUGUUCCAUUAGCAAAUGGGGAUUUCCAAAACUCAGCCCAAGACACAGCCAAGAAAGGACUUCCGUUCUCUGCCAAAUCCAGCAGCGAUAGCAGCCAAUCAGAAAACAGCAGCAGCGGCGUGAGCACACCCUGCUUGAAGGAUCGCAAGUGCCACGAAGCCAACAAACGAGGGGGGAUGUAUCUGGAAGACCUAGAUGUUCUGUCUGGGACGGUACUACAGGAAGUCAUAGACCAAAACCAUAAAAAUGACUUUCACUCCCAGGAGAACCUUGUGGUCCAUAUCCCCAAAGACCACAAACCAGGAACUUUCCCUAAAGCACUUUCUAUUGAGAGCCUCUCGCCAACAGAUAAUAGCAAUGGGGUGAACUGGCGGACGGGCAGCAUCUCUCUGGGCAGGCAGCAGUGCCCUAGUACAAAAGAACCCAGACUUAUGGCUUCUUGUCACAGAGAAAGUAGAGUUAGUAUUUAUGACAAUGUCCCAGGCUCACACUUGUAUGCCAGCACUGGAGAUCUUUUGGACUUAGAGAAAGAUGACCUCUUCCCCCAUUUAGAUGACAUUCUGCAACAUGUUAAUGGACUCCAAGAGGUAGUGAACCACUGGUCAAAGAAUGUCUUGCCUGAAACACAGACAGAUGAUGCAUUAGUUGGGGAACCUGGCUUGUCACCCUUUCCACCUCCCAACCAGAUUACAUUAGAUUUUGAAGGGAACUCUGUUUCUGAUGGUCGUACAACACCCAGUGAUAUGGAAAGGGAUGGAACUUCGCUUAAUGACUCAGAGGCAGCUGGAGUCAGAGAAAGGAGGGAUUCUGGUGUUGGGGCAUCACUCACCAGGCCAAACAGGAGGUUACGAUGGAAUAGUUUCCAGAUCUCCCAUCAGCCAACUCACUCCAUAGCAUCUCCACAAAUCAGUAAUCAGACAGCUGGCCAGUUGAAUCUCCUCCAGCGAUUCUCCCUCCUUCGCCUCACUGCCAUCAUGGAGAAAUAUUCCAUGUCAAAUAAACACGGCUGGACAUGGUCAGUGCCAAAGUUCAUGAAGAGGAUGAAAGUCCCUGACUACAAAGACAAGAAUGUCUUUGGUGUUCCACUGAUUGUUCAUGUCCAGAGAACAGGACAGCCUCUUCCUCAGAGCAUUCAGCAAGCGCUGAGGUAUCUUCGCAGCAACUGCCUGGAUCAGGUGGGUCUAUUUCGGAAAUCAGGAGUGAAGUCUCGAAUCCAAGCCUUGCGUCAGAUGAACGAGACCUUCCCUGAGAACGUCAGCUAUGAGGACCAGUCUGCUUAUGAUGUGGCAGAUAUGGUCAAGCAAUUCUUCCGGGACUUGCCAGAGCCACUCUUUACAAGCAAGCUAGGGGAAACUUUCCUCCAUAUCUAUCAGUAUGUCCCAAAAGAUCAACGUCUCCAGGCGGUGCAGGCAGCCAUCAUGUUGCUGGCCGAUGAGAACAGAGAGGUGCUACAGACGCUGUUGUGCUUCCUGAAUGACGUUGUCAAUUUAGUGGAAGAAAAUCAGAUGACGCCCAUGAACCUGGCUGUGUGUCUGGCCCCUUCCCUUUUCCAUCUUAAUUUAUUAAAGAAAGAAAGUUCCCCAAGAGUGAUACAGAAGAAAUAUGCUACAGGCAAGCCAGAUCAAAAGGACCUCAAUGAGAAUCUGGCAGCCACUCAGGGACUUGCCCACAUGAUAAUAGAAUGUGACAAACUUUUUGAGGUCCCACACGAUAUGGUAGCUCAAUCUCGUAAGUCUUAUAUGGAAGCUGAAAUCCAUUCUCCGACACUGGAAGACCUGGGAAAACAGCUGGAGGAGAAUGGAGGCAAUUUCCACAUGUAUUUGGAACAUCUCAUCCAAGGUCUACAGAAAGAAGCAAAGGAAAAGUUCAAAGGAUGGGUCACUUGUUCAAGCCCGGACAGUACAGAUCUUGCUUUCAAAAAGGUUGGAGAUGGAAAUCCAUUGAGGCUGUGGAAGGCUUCUGUGGAAGUAGAAGCUCCCCCCUCAGUGGUAUUGAACCGAGUGCUGAGAGAGCGUCACCUUUGGGAUGAGGAUUUUGUGCAGUGGAAGGUUGUGGAGACACUGGACAAGCAGACAGAAAUCUACCAAUACGUUUUGAAUAGUAUGGCUCCCCAUCCUUCUAGAGACUUUGUGGUUCUGAGAACCUGGAAGACUGAUUUGCCAAAGGGAAUGUGCACUCUGGUGUCUAUCUCUGUGGAGCAUGAAGAAGCUCAUUUGAUGGGUGGUGUGCGAGCUGUUGUGAUGGAUUCUCAGUAUUUAAUAGAACCUUGUGGUUCCGGCAAGUCUAGGUUGACACACAUCUGCAGGAUUGACCUCAAAGGUCACUCCCCAGAGUGGUACAACAAAGGCUUUGGACAUCUUUGCGCAGCUGAAGUAGCCAGAAUAAGAAACUCUUUUCAGCCUAUUAUUGCCGAAGGUCCAGAAACUAAAAUCUGAAAUGGUUGGGUGAAGAGGAAGACAAAGCAGGAACACUGCUUUCUCAAAAACAGACAAAGAGAGAGACUUGGAAAGUGUUCAACAUGGAAGCACUGAAAAGUGGCCGGAAACUACCAAAGGGUAGAAACUUCUGUAAGGUCAUCUUCUGAAGAUGUCCUCAUCACUAAUAUAAUAGAUAUUCUUUUAUCAGAGCUUUUAUCUCUGUUACUUAAAAUUAAAGAUUAUUACUUGUGCAUUGCCUAAUUUUGCUAUUUAAGCGCUUCUACGAAGCAUAUUUUAAAUUGUAAAUAAACUUUUAUGUAGAAUAUGUACAUAUUUGUGUAUAUCUCUAUAUACUGUAUAUAUGUACAGUAAUUAUAUAUAAAUAUAUAUUACAUAUAUCUAUAAUUGAGUGUUUGGAACAGGAAAAUACCUGCAUCAUUUUGACCCUUACCUAUCUGAUCUUCUAGGAUCUCCUCAAUGCAACAGAGACUAAGCAAUAUCCACUAUUAGAAGCCCUAAGACACGAUGUAUGUAGCCCAUUGUGAUAUUUAACCAAAAGAUCCCUAUCCAAAGGAAAAUAAUUUCAGUCAUUCUCUCCUGUGAUGACCAUCAAUUCGUUAAUUAAAAAAAAAAAACUUUUUUCAGUAGAGAGUUGGCUGAGUUGGGUAAAAAAAUAAUAGUUUCCAUUAAAACCAAGUAGUUCUUGACACGUAAUUAGCCAUUAUGGGACUAGAAAGUAAAAAGUAACCAAUGAGCACCUAUGUUGAUGACUAUGUUGAUGUUGAUGACUGUUCUAGCUCAUGCUAAAGUAUUUACUCUAUAAUAGAAACAGAAACAGUGUUCCCACCCAGAUUUAGAGAUAAAUAUUACAGCUUUUUUUAUACUUAAAGUAGAAAAGAAUCUACACUUUUUCUAAAGCUUUCAUAGAGACAUUUCAUAAUUUUCAUAAAUUUAAUUCAAUUUGACUAAUAGACUUUUUGGUCACAGUUAACGUUUUCUUACCAAUAUAUUGCACUGAUUUCUUAACAAUGACACCAAUUUAAGAGAUAUAAUGGCCAUUCAAGAGUACUGGACCAUUACACUUUCAGGGAAUUCAUAUUUUAUUACAUAUAAUACUUUUAAAAAUAUAUUUCAUUGAAGUUUUACAAUUGAAAGAGUGGCUUUUUAAUUAACAUAAAACCAAAAAUAUACUCCUAAAUUAGUUUUAGAAAAAUGUACAAGUUUAUUAAUAUCAUGUUUCUUCAUUAGUCAACUCAAACUACCUAAGUGUUUGCCCCAACCUUAUUUAUUGCCAUGUAGACUAAUCAGAAGACUAUCCAAAACCAAUUGCCAACAGUUUUUCUUUGGGUUUGUUUUAAAUGCAUUCAGAUAAUGGUAUGAAAAGGUAUUUAUUAAUAUUUGGAUUCAGUUAGAGAGAUUUUUCCUAUAGCAAGUCAUCCAUCAAUUGGUAGUGAAGAAAAAGCUUCAUUUAUUGACUUCCAGUAUUUUGAAUCUGCUUGCAUUACAUGCAUUUAUGUUGUUUUCAACUGUCAGCAACAUGCAGGUAUUCUGUAGAGGAGAUUAAAAGUAUUAGAGGUAUGAGUACUGAAUUGCUUCAGUCACCUGCAAGGGAACCUUUGCUGCAUUAUUAUUAAUAGUUUUAUUUUUAUUUUUACCGGCUGUGAAGGCAGUUGUCAUUUAAAAAAAAAAAAAUUUUUUUAAUUGCCCAAUGGCACUGGGUAUCUCUCCCUUGUGCAUCAAAAUAAAACCCAUAAAGUGCUAUUGUCAUUAGGACCACCCUCCAUGAGCCAAGCAAACUAGCUUCUGCCAGAACACAUGAAAUUUAACUUUCCAUGUAGUCCUUUUGUGUGCAUAAAAAUAAAUGUUAUAUGACUUAAAGCUAUCCAGUUAUUGGGCAUGUAACAUCAGUAGGGACAAAAAAAGGAAAGCAUAUGCAAACAAGGGCAGAUACAGCAAGAAAAAGACAGUCAAGCAUCAUCUGGAGGAUAAUUAACAGUGGCUGUCAGAAGUGGGGGAAGCUUAUUCCUUAUGGUCCUCCUUUUGGAAUUGCUUAACUUUGUUCACAUUCUCAUUACAUCUCUAAACUGCCCUAACCUGGCUCACCUCUUUUUAAAAAAUUGUGCAUUAAGCUUGUCAAACACUAUACAGUAUUUUGUUCAUUGUUAUCUUGCCAUUGGGAAUACACAAUAUGAUCAUUGCAUUUUUAAUGUUAUAUUCAUAUUUAUACCUCAUGUAUAUUUUACCUCAGUUGGUAUCAAUCAUCAAUUGUAAAUAAAUAAUUGCCAAGUCAA